AUGUCCAACCCAGCUCUAGGGGGCCCUGUGGCUAUCAAGGUCAUUUCCACCGCCGAGGCCCCUGUGGAGCUCUCCUGCAAGUUCCUGCCCCGUGAGAUCUCGUCACUCAACGCUACCUACAAGCACCUGAACGUGGUGCAGCUGUAUGAGACCUAUCACAACAGCCAGCGCGCCUACUUGGUGCUGGAGCUGGCAGGCGGCGGUGACCCGCUGGAGCACAUCAACGCGGUGUCGGACCACCGCUGCUGCCCGGGGCUCGGGGAGAAGGAGGCCCGCAGGCUGUUCCGGCAGCUGGUCAGCGCAGUAGCCCACUGCCACAGCGCCGGCGUCGUGCACCGGGACCUAAAAUGUGAGAACGUCCUGCUGGAUGGCCGAGGCCUCCUGAAGCUGACGGACUUCGGCUUCGCCAACCAGUCGGGGAUCAAGAAAGCACUGCUGAGCACCUUCUGCGGCUCCAUGGCCUACGCUGCCCCUGAGAUCCUCAUGAGCAAGAAGUACAGUGGGGAGCAGGCUGACCUGUGGAGCCUAGGUGUCAUCCUUUAUGCCAUGGUGACGGGGAAGCUGCCCUUCAAGGAAUGCCGGCCCCACCGCAUGCUGCUCCUGAUGCGCCGUGGCCCCACCUUCCCACCUGGCCUGUCCCCAGAGUGCCAGGACCUGAUCCGGGCCCUGCUCCAGCUGCGCCCGCAUGCGCGCCUGGACUUGCGGCAGGCAGCCAGGCACCGCUGGACGCAGCCCACUGCGCAUGCGCUCUUCUGCACCGUGCUCAGCACCUCGCCAGUAGAGAAUCCGGGGGAGCCCAGAGAGGACUCAGGGCCACCAAGGUCACUCCUGCAGCUGCGUCGCCCCCAGCAGCUGGGAACCCCCAAGGGCGCCUCCGGCCCAGCACCAGAGCCCCCGGAUGCCAGCCCGAGCGGAGGUGGGGGCUCUGCCAAGCUGGGCCUCCGAAGCACUGCGAUGGCCAACCUGGGCACGGGCGCCUCCCGGCAGCCCCCUCUGCUGUGCUCCAGGAGCACCAUCCAGAACAUGCUGGGGCUCUACCAGGUCAACUGAGGGCAGGCGGGUGCGCCGAGUGGAGGUCAGAU